CAGCUCCAACCUGCCGGGGUCGAUCGGUGCCUCGAGCUCACUGCAGCCGCUUCUCGUCGCUGCCUCGCGGAUCUGUCGGAGGAGAAAUGGCCGCAGCUCUGUCCCGUGCGCUCAAACUACCCGGGAAGAAGGGCUCGGCGCUUGGCGAGUACGACCCUCUCACCCAAGCAGACAGCGAGGACGAGAGCGAGGAGGACGACCUUGUGCUCAACUACCCCAGAAAUGGCCUCGGCAGGGACAGCUGUCUCGGCGCGGGGUCCUCCAAGCUGCGCGGCGGCAGGUCCGGACGACUUGUGGGAGCCACGGACGAGGCACAGGAGGACGAGGAGGAUGAGGAGGAGGACGAGGACGAAUGGAGAGAGCGUCUCCCCAGCAAAUCCCGGCAGGACAGAGACGACAUGAAGGGCGCGCAGUACUGGAGCCAGAGGGACUCGGGCAGGGACAGGUCGGGGGAGGACAGAGGAGGGUCCGGUUCGCUGGGGGGCACCGGGCUGGGGGUUCACAGCGCAGAGGCAGAGGAGAAGAAGCUGAGGAUGAAGAACGCUAUCCGAAGUGCGUUCUUCCUGGUGCCACUGGUUUCUGCCAUGCUGGUGGUGUUGCUGUGUGCGUUCCUGAUCCCCUGCAGGAAGGGAGAGCUGGAGAAGAGACUGCAGUGGGAGAGAGCACUGGGAGAUGCAGGAGGUGUCACUCCACCUGCUCUGGCGUUGUGGGAUGUUGACGGUGACUCGGUGGAGGACGUGUUCCUAGGCGUCGCUGAAUGGACAAACGACACCCACCUCACACAAAGGAGCAAAAUUUACAGUGCCGUGGCGUUGUCUGCAGUCAGCGGCCAGGUGCUGUGGAGUAAGGUCAUGGCGGAGUCUGUGAUGUACAUCCAGUGUGGUCUGCAGUACAGCUCGAAGCCGGCCACUGUGUGUCUCCUCAUCAGCAAAUCCAUCCUCAUGGCGGUCAACGGCACCACAGGGAAGAAUUUGUCGUCAGUCCAGCUGAAGAACAUUGAAUCCCAGGCGGUGUUACUUCCAGACCUGCAGGGCGACUCAGUCCCGGAUCUGCUCAUCGCCACCCUGCCUGCAGAUGAGACCUUGGAUCUGUCCCUGACUUUGAUCUCGGGGCUGACGGGGGCGCAGCUCGGACGUCCCGUGCCGUUCAACCUCACCGGGCAAGGAAAGCUGAUCGGCCCUUUACUGCAUGAAACACAGAAAGGAGCCUUUUACAUUCUCUUUGGACUAGGUAACGUGGAGGCCAUCUCUCUGCGCGACAUUUACAUCCGCGCCACUGGGAACAUGCCAGUUGCUCAGGCCCUUAGAAUUAAAGAUCCGAAGUGGGAGGAACUCAGAAAAACCAACACUUCCUCCUUCAUAGACAUUUACAGGGGAUCCGAGCAUGUGGAGUUCAUGCUUCCACUUGCUGCUGGUUUUGGCAACAACCGCAACACCCUGGACACAGUGUCCAACCUGAACUCCACCAGAAGCGACUGGGUGCUGGUGUACGGCUCCAGCAAACUGUCCGUCCUCAGGCAGAGGGACAUGCAUAAGAAAUGGACCGUCAGCUCACCUCCCAUCCACAGCCAACCAGCUGCAGGACACUUCAACGAUGAUGGAAUCCUUGAUCUGUUCUUUCAGCAUUCAGCAAACGGCGUCAUGGAGGCACAGCUCAUCGAUGGAGCCACUGGGAAACUGCUCUGGUCCGCAGAGUUCGUGUGUCCUCGACUCGUUUUGCAAACUUCUGCAAUUUCCACCUCGACUGGCCAAUCAGCUUUCCUCUUCUGGGCUAGUGAACCCAUCAACGCACUGAAGAAUGUUACCAAGACAACCGUGGCGCCCGGUGAGCCGCUCAUCAGAAAACUCUUCCUGCUUCACCCUGUGUAUCCCACAGUCCUGCUGGAGCUCGCCAGCACCACAGACACCACAGUCACCUCCGCAGUGAGUUAUCAGGAGCAUCAGAAAGACGCCUCCUACAUCACGGUGUCCUCCCGGCCCACCCCCGACUCCAAGCCCAGCGCUCGCAUAGUGAAGAGCAUGAGCCUGAGAGCCGCGAUCGUCAAAGCACAAAUUGUGAGACUGGGGGAAAGCAACAAGACGGGAACAUCCGUUAAACCCGGCGCGCUGGAGGUCAACAAGUUCUUCAGGCGUCUGUCCUUCAAGCGCCAGUGACCAGUCGCCGUGGUUACCCUGUGUCACAUGAAGCGGUACGACUGAGAGGAGGCUUGUGAAGCGAUGGAAGGGAUGAAAGUCGUGGAUCGGCUCUGCACACGGACACGAUAAGAAUCCAUCUGAGGCCGUUCACACGCUUCUCACUACGUUCCCCUCUGCUCCCUGAUCAAGAGACUUGUUUGCUGUAAAAAGCUCAUCUGCAUUUUUGCUUUUAUUGUUUUGGUUUAGAUGAUGUUUGGAGAAUGAAAUCGCUUAUUUAAACUAUUUAAUUCAGCCUGCACAAUUUAAUUGAAUGUGUAUGAUGUGGACGGCAGGAACCUUAAUCAGCAGUUUAUUACUGACAGAAGAAUCUUUUUAUUGUGUUUACAGUGUGCAUCACUUCUUCACCUCUCUCCUCCGAGGCCAUUAUAUUCCUGUGGUGUAAUCCUCACAUGCAUUUUGUCAUAACAGCCAUUAACAGUGUUCUUUUUGCUCAUCACUAACUUCAGUAGUAUAGGGAGUCUGUAAAUAUUAAAUGCUGUACAGUAUUUAUUGAUUUGCUUUAAUGUUUUGAAUUGUUUUGUUGUUGGAUUGCUCCUGUCAGAUUUUGUAUGGUUGUAUAAUCAACCAGUGCUCAUCUUCUCUGGAUAUGUGGCUGCCAAGAGGUACGACAUGUAAGCGUGAGCCAAGACUUCACAUAUUGCAAGAGAAAGUAUGAAAAUCA